AGUGUGCCACAGAUUAUAGGGCAACACGACUGAGCAGACGACACUUGAAAUUGUACGACUGGCCCGUGAAUGUCUCGUGUCUCCAACUUUUCAUGGAACAAACAGCUUAAACAAGUCUUGCACCUGUGUGGACUCAGAAGUGUACGUGUAAAUUGACAAUUCAGUCAUUUUCAACUGUCACCAGUGACUAGAAGUUUUACUCAAGAAAUAAUUAAUCAGGUAAAAUAACUUGUACCUGCAAUUGAACUUUUUCAUAAACAACUGAUUCUGAUGAUGAAUUGAAUUAGUAAUCCUGAAAGUGCCGAGGCGACGUUAGGAAAGUGUUAUAGAACUUUGCUGAGGUGUUUUAUUGUAUCGUAAUGGAGGUGCAGUCCCAACACCAGGACCACUGCGACAUGCAGCCAUACGACACAACCAAUAUCUCUCCUUACGACAUGACGUCAUCAUCGUCGACGUCAUCAUCUCCAGGGUCAAUCAUCUCGAGCGGUAUGUACCCCGAGUACACGGACUGGGGUCAUCCUCAGCAGCCCGAACUUCACCAAUAUGUGCCAUACCCCCAAAUCCCCCAGACGGACAUUGUGGCCCCAGGGUCAUUCUGGCAGGGGGACAUGCACCCGGGACUACCAUCAAACUUUUCCUACACCACGAUGGAGCGAGUACCCAGCUAUGAGUACAACACCGGACUGGUGAACCCCGUACCUACUCCAAUAGUAACCGGAAACAACAUCACUGUUAAUAUUUCAAAAUCCGGAAAAACUAAACGGAAACGGGUGCAGAGCGUUCCUCAGCGAAGAGCAGCCAAUAUCCGGGAGAGACGACGAAUGUUUCAUCUAAACGAAGCUUUCGACAGUCUCCGAAAGCGCUUACCCGCAUUUAACUACGAGAAACGGUUAUCGCGGAUCGAAACCCUGCGCCUUGCUAUGACUUAUAUCGGAUUCAUGAAGGACAUCUCGGAUGGCGAGGACCCGAAAGAUGUAAAACUUCAGGCCUUUAAGUCCAACAGUGAUAUUUUCGGAGACUUACAGGAGGAAGAAAAUAAACUGUCAUCGUAACUUUUGACUGAUUAUUGGUAGUGAAAAGGAGAUUAGCACGUGACUGUACCUUAAAGACUAGUCAAUUUGUUUACGUAUAAACAGUGCGUUACAACAGGUAUUUGAUUAUUGUUUAACUGCAUCGAAUUCCAUUUUUGCUAUCGUUAUGUUGCGAUGCCAUAAUGUGUUUCUUCAUCCUGUUCCUGUGAGCUUUAAUAUGAUAUAUUCUGGAGAGCUAAAACAACCAUCAAAUUAUCGUAUAAAUAUUAAUGUAAUGUUUACAAACAAUAUUUUCACGGUCUGAAAUCCUAUUGUAUAUUGUUUUAUAUUUUCACCGUCAGAAUUGAAGCUUUCUUUGCUAAUACGCCAGUGUUAUAAAGAUGAUAGUUAUAUGUUAAAGUAACAUAUCCUAUACAAUACUUAUAUUAAAAAAUCCACAGAGUGUUCAACCAAAGUGCAAUUAGAAUAUCUAGGUAUUAUUUUAUGAAUUCCUGAAGUCAUCAAUAUUUGAUGUACCUUGUAUGUGUUCAAUGGCUAUUUCACCAAAAGUGCGAUUUAUCUUGUAUGUAAAGUGACACUAUUAAUUAAUAACUUGAUGCUCUAAUUUAACAUAUUUUAUUGUAUAUACAUGUUUUAUUUUUUGUCUUUUUGUGACAAAACAGAAAGCAUAUUAUCUUGUUAUGCAUAUUAUUAUUUUUAAAUAAAAACUAUUACCGAA